AAGAAAAAGAGAAACGAGAACUCGUGGAAAAAUGAAUCAAAGUUCUAGGAACCAGCGUUUCGCUGAUCAGCAACCUGUUGGCCAAGUCCCUGCAGGUCAAUUGCAGCCCAUGUUUGUCGCGGCCCAGGCCCCUCCUAGACAGUAUGCUCAACAACCAGUUGGACAGGUUCAACAGGUCCAACUGGUUCAGCCCGCAGCAGCACAGGACGCGACAGUGCCAAAGACUACCGAUUAUUGGAAUAGUGCUUUGAUUGCAGAAAGAGUGGUUGAGUUUCUUUUCCUGUCAGCUGCCUGGAUAUCGAUUGUUAGAUAUUCCAGCCUGAGCGGAAGCGAUGCUCUGACAUCGCUUGGUUCAUAUUACGUAUAUUCCAGUGAUAUACAUGCAGUCGGGAGAGUGAAUUUUUUUAAGGGAAUUACAGUGUUCUGCUGGAUCGUGUCCAUUGUGUUUCAAAUUGGGUUUGUUUUUGGCUUCAACCAUAUCAAGCGUCUCUUUUCACGACCGUCACACUUGACAAUUGUCUGCUUCAUUGUGCAUAUCAUCCUGACCAUCUUACUGGUGGCUUGUACAGUGAACCUCGUGUUUCAUGCGCAUGAGAUGUCCAAGGCUUACGACUCACUGCUCCCGGCUAUAAGGAUUAACCUUGAUGAACUCUACUUGGCACUGAUUUUUGGUUUUCUGGUCUGCUUUUCUUUCUUCGAAAGCGUUCGAUUGUUCUACAAAAUGAUCGUUACACAAAGAGGAGAGGAAGAAACUGAGAACACUGCACAGACGGCUCGGGGGCCUGGUAUUCAGUCUUCUGCCAUGUAACCCAAAGGUCACAUUUGAACAAGGAAAAAAACCCUUUAUCUAGCUUACGAGAUAUACCAGCGUGUUGAACCUAGUUAACAUUAGAAAUGCCUGAAACGACUUGAUAAAGUUGAUGAAAUAUGUUACUCAUUGCAACUUUCUUUUUUGAGGGUGUUAGGUUUCGUAUUUUUGUGCUUUACACUAUCGGAUCGCGUUUGCUUGCAUUUUUUUAGUCGGAUUGUUCAGUUAUGUAAUAGAGGUCAUCAGCUAAUGACUGGGCCUUACCAAUAUACUCUAACCUUAUACUCUUCUUGACCUUGCUGACUUAGAGUUGUAGUUAGUCACUUUAUGUGAAUGCAGAAAAAUAAAUUUUGU